CAUGCUGGAGUGCGACACCUGCGGUGAUGAGUUCUACGACGCCGACGACCUGGUCGAGCAUCUGAACGACUAUGAUCACUGGAUAGAAUGUGAGACUUGCACUCGAUGUUUCCGUACUCAACGUGCUUGCAACCAGCAUAUGAGGGAUACAGACCACUGGGCGCCGCGCUAUGAGUGUGAGACUUGUCCCAAAGACUUCAAGUCAUGGAAUGCUGCACGCCAGCACAUGAACUCCCUGGGGCAUUGGGCGCCUAAGUUUCCAUGCGAGACAUGCGAUCUCAAAUUCCAUACUCAGGAUGCAGCGGGACAGCACAUGACAAAGAAUCUGCACUACAAAACCUACUGUCCGACUUGCGAUAGGCAUUUUCAAAAUGAAAAUAAUCUGAAGAUGCAUCUGAGAUCGAAGACUCAUUGCGGCAACAGCAUAAACUGUCCUUUCUGUCAAUCGGGAUUUACAACGGCUAGUGGAGUCGUCCACCACCUCGAGACAGGAUCUUGUCGAUCUGCCCCCCAGCUGAACCGCGAGACGAUCCAUCGACUGGUUAGAGAGCGAGACCCAAAUAGUCUGAUCACCACCAAGCAGAUUGAGUGGCACGACGAAGACAACGCGACUUGCUCUGCUACGGAGAAAGCGUGGAAUGGCGCUUACUGGGAGUGCUAUCUAUGCCACAAACAGUUUAACACCAUAGCCGGUCUCAAUGCACAUGUGAACUCCCCAGUUCACAAGCAAAAGAUAUACCACUGUCCGAACAGCAACGGCGGUUGUUACAAAACUUUUGUUGUCUUGGCUGGGCUUUUCAGUCAUUUGGAAAGCGAGUCUUGUGGCUAUACACGAUUUAAAAACGUUCAAAAACAGCUGCAGGACGUGUUAAUUGGCCAGAAAGCAAUAGAUUUCAGGUAA